GGGAAAAGGUGAAAGGAGGAGAGUGUAGAUGCGAGAAGGAAUUAACAACAUUGAUUUUGUUAAUUUGCACGUGAUCAGGGGUGUAUUCAUUCUAGUAUCAUGUAGUAGCCUAAACUUAUCGAUGUUACACUGAGCUGGGUGACUGGAAUAUGAAUGAAUCAUCCAAUUAAACAGCACCGACUGCCACUUGAAUAUGACGACAUUAAUGCCAAAUCCCUGCAUCACUAAUACAGGCUCUCAUACAUGUGUAGAAGGCAUUCAACUGCUGGUGAGCUGGAGGAUUCUCACCAAGGUGUCAGAAACUAGAUUAAAACCAUGACCACUUUGAGGAAGUGAUGCUAUAGUGAUGAAUAGAGAUGCUGCUGUAUGGUGAGAAACUCAUAGUGCUGAGACACUCUGAAAGAGGAAAGAGGAAAGAGACAGAGAAACAUACACACACAGAGACAGAGAGCGACAGAGAGACAGAGAGAGACAGACAGACACAGAGACAGAGGAGAGAGAGAGAGACAGAGAGAGAGAGAGAGAGAGAGAGAGAGGAUCAUGGCUGAUGUCCCUCAAUCAUUUUUGGGAUUGCUUGUGACCGUUUUGUACCUGCUAUCAGGUGUCAGUGGAGAAACUCUCUCUAUGUUCUCCAGAGUGGAAGAUAAUGUCAGUCUGCCGUGUAACAAUGUGGUUUAUCCAGACUGUUCCUCAACUAUAUGGAUCUAUAACAGAGCUGGAUCUACUGGUACUAUUCAAAAGGUCACAUUGGGGAAGAUCAAAAGUGACCAGACAGAGAGAGCAGACAGACUGAGUGUGGGGUCUAACUGUUCUCUACAUGUUAGUGAUGUCAGAGCUGAGGAUGUUGGACUCUACACCUGUCGACAGUUCCUUACAGAGACUGGACCACAACAUGGAGGUGAUGCUGAUGUUGAUCUGUCUGUUCUAACUAUCUUGUCUACCACACCAGUGACAGAUCUGAAGCCUAAUGUAAAUAUGACAUUACGAUGUUCUCUGCUCACCGAUACGGGAAAUCGAACGUGCCAGUCAAGAUUUAGUCUCAGCUGGGUCCCUAAAACAGGUACUAAUGCCCAGGUCACACAGGAUUCUUCCUGUGACAUCACUCUGUCUGUGACACUCCAGAAGAAGGACAACAACAGGAAGUGGACGUGCACGCUGACUGGAAAGGGAAACGUGAAGAUCUCCAUUGACUUCACCUCCACAUUCUCAGAUAUUGAAGAAAAGACCACUGAUAGUGAUGAUGUCAUCUCUACUGUCCCAGGAAGUACAGCUUCUACUGCAAGACCAGCCUUGUCAACCACCUCCCCAUCUUCUUCUGGCUCUCAGGACCUCUUCCUCAUGGUGACUGUAGGAUUGGCUUUGGCAGCAGCGGUGUGUGUCACUGCUGUUGUCAUCAUAGUACGCAGGAGGAGAGACAAGAAUCAAGAGCCAACUGAUAACAGCAUUGGUCUGAAUGCAGUAAACCACUCCACCCCACCAACCAAUGAGGACAAGAGUCAACCUGCUGACAGAAUCACCUAUGCCUCCAUUGACCACUUCAAUCAAAAUCUCCCUGAGAGAGUUGAUGCCAACAGUAAAGAUGCAGUGAUGUAUGCCUCAGUUAUGCCCUCUUCUGGCAGAGGGAGAGAGAUGGAGAACCCUGCUGACCCCAGCUCCCUCUACUCCACUGUCAAGUAACCUCAGGGAGACAAGACAUCAACAUGAAGACUACACUCUCUCAUUCACACCCUGAUUCCAGACAUGAUUUGGUUCUAGGAACAGAGAUUUUGGUGCUAUUAAAAGGGACAAUCUGCACUAGUUACAUCAAUUUCUGGACGUAUUAAUUAAUGAUAUGCACCCAUUGACUCUAGAAAAAUAAAACGUAGAAAUGCCUCAUGAGUUUAAUUAAACUGUCAUAACCCAUCAGAACCCAAAAUAUAUGCUUGUUUUACUCCAAUGUUUGUAAUCAAAUGAAAUGUAAACAAACACAAUGUAUAGCCUCAAAACAUGGUUUAAACUAUAAUGUUGAUAUCAUGGAUGGCCAUUCCUUGCUUCCAUAGCUGUCUAUGAAUUUAAGAGUGGUUACAUUUCUCCUACCCCAUACCUCAGAUUUUUAGCAAAACAGUGGAGGGGAGUGUGCUUUGUUACUGUUUCAACUGCAGAUUGCCGCUUUAAGAUGUGUAUAUUUUAUUGAUAUAGACCAAUGAGAUAAGAGACUGGAAAAGUGGAAGAGUUUGAGAAUCAAAAGGGCAUGAUUCAGAUUCACUCAUGCUGACUCUGGUAGCCCAGGCUGUAAAGGGCAUUCUGGGAAGUAUUCAGACUUGUUCCUCAUUUUGAUAAGUUACAGCCUUAUUCUAAAAUUGAUUAAAUCAUUUUUUCCUCAUAAAUCUACACACAAAACCCCAUA